AUGGAAGUGGCGGUAUGGAACAUCUUAGAGACUCUGUCAGCUAGCGACGGAGAUGAAGACUGGUCGUGUAUUCGGCGUCUGGUGCGCAAGGACCUAGCCGACAAUCUGCGGGACCUGCUCGAGCACGGGUUUAAAGCUAAGAGGCGCGGGUUCUGCCGCUUCUUCUUGCGGCAGCUGGGAUCUUGUGACGUGGUGAACGAAGGCCACGCCUGGGACCUUUUGCUAGCCUACUAUCGAGCCAGCAGUGGACACCACUUCAGUGCCUACCCCAGGAGGAGUCUUUCGCGCAGCUACGGGCUUUGCAUCGGGUCCGAAGCGCCGUCGGGCAAGGAGAGGUUGCUGGCGGUCGUCGAGGAGUUAGAGGCGACAAGGAAGACGUGUGGCCGCGACGCGGACUCGGUCUUCCGAGCUUUCGUGUGCGCGGCGCUCAACAUGCGGCGCCUAGCGGCGUGGCUACGGCGGGUCGUCCGCUGCAGGGCGCUGGUGCAGACGUUGUACGAGCCGUGGGCGUACGUGGCCCGCACGCGAGCGAGGGACGCGCUGGAUUCACUGGCUCGUCUGCAGGCCCGGACCUUCCGGCUGCCCUUGGACCCAGCCCUGCGCAGUUUGCAUGCGCAGUGGCUGUCGCUGCCACCAGCACCGUGUCUACCAUCUCCAGAAGCUGCUGACGUUGACUCAGCAAAAUAA